AUGACUGAGAAGAAAGUAAUUGAAUUUGAGACAUUUUUGAAUGAGGUAUUAAAAGAAGAUCUGAAAAAAGUUCAAAUUCAUCGAGGAUCCCUUUGUCAGGAGAUCUUAGAACUGGAGCAAUUGAAAGUUGUUAUUGAAAGACUUCAAGAAGCUGAACUCAAUAAAGAAGAAAUUAAAACUCGAGUUGAUCUUGGCUGCAAUUUUUAUGUUCAAGCUAAUGUUACAGAUACAAAAUAUAUAUUUGUUAAAACAGGAUUAGCCGACAUAAGCUCUGAUGAUGAUUCAGAUGUUGAAAUUCCAAGCUUUUUUGUACCUGCCUUCAAAAAGUAUGGUAAUCUAAAAUCAUACAAAGAAGAAACUCCAACAUGUGAUAUUGCUAUUCAAAAGAAGCACAUUAAACUUGCUUCCUCUUUGGAUGCUGGAGAUGAUUAUGAGAAAAGUACAUAUGUGAUGUUAAAUCCUGAUAUGGAGAGUAUUCAAGGAAAAGUUAAACAUGAGAAAGAAGUUCUGAAAAAAAAUAUUGGAGAGAAUGUGAAGAAAAGCAUUGUUUUUCAAAAUGGGUUUGAAACAAUGGAAAAAGUUCCUAUUUUCAAAAGCCGUCGGCAGUUGAAAAAAGAAGGAUUGAAAGAAAAAGGCAAAACCAAAGGUUCACAAUGGUAUAAUAUGGCUGCUCCUGAAAUGACUGAAGAAAAAAAGAAUGAUUUGCUUGUUUUACAAAUGAGGCAGGCCUUAGAUCCAAAGCAUUUUUACAAGAGAAGUGCUAAUAAAACUAAUCCCAAAUAUUUUGAAGUUGGAACAUUUGAAGAGUCUCCUGUUGAUUUCUUCAGCUCACGUGUACCUAAAAAGCAAAGAAAACAAACUUUGGUUGACGAACUUCUUGCUGAUGCUGAAUUCCGAAGUUACCAAAAGAAGAAAAUGUUGGAAGCACAAAAAAUGCAGCCUCAGAAAUUCCGUCGCAUGAAAAAACCAAAGAAGACAAAAUUGAAAGAAGCAAAAUUUGCUGAUUCGCACAAAAAGUCUAAAAAAUCUAGGAAAUGAUUUUUAAUAAAUUUAUUUUUCAAAUAUUUUGUGUAAUGAUAACAUUUAAUUUGUUUCAUCUUCCUUUA